UGUUCUGCGGGCUGUGUGGGCCGACUAUGUGUGGUGUGUGCUCUGUCGCUGACCGUCGCGUUUCAGUAAAGUAACUUCUGGUUGUAUUCUAGUGAUAAAAAAACUACUUCCUGGACACUGCUGAAUUCCUUGUUCUACCGAUGUGACUGGCAUGCUGGAGCUGCACAUCUUAAUUAAGUCCGCUAUUUGUUGGCUGGCAGUGAGUUCACUGUUAACGAUUGGCUGCAUCUGCAUUCACAUACUACCCGUUAGAUGUCAGUGUGGCUCCGUCUGAUCGGUUCAUUUGACGGGGUCUAGUCGGCCGAACGAUAGGAUACGAACCAUCAAGCCUCGUCUGUUGUCGUUUAAGAGUGUCUGAAAGUCGAAAUAGCGAGGAACAGUGCCAGAGUCAAAAGUUCCGGUCAGAGCGAAUCAAAGUUCUGUAUUGAAGGCUAAGUGCAGCUGAGGAAAAGUUUAUUGUAGGCUGUGAACAGUAUACUGAACGAUGUUUACAUUCGGUGGCGGCGGCCGAAAACUACUCAAGCUUACCAGCCUCAGCAACAACGUCGUCAUCGAGGUAGACGAGACAGUCACAUGUUUCUGCAGGAAAGCCCGUCGGAAAGAUAAAGAACCAUCAACCCCUAGUGCAGAUGAUCCAAAACUUUACCUCGAAGAAGCGCUCCUUGAGCGAAAGUUACCUGAUAUUGAUCUGAGAGUCUUGGUGGACCUACCAGCAGGAGUAGACUACAAUGAAUGGCUAGCUUCCCAUACUAUUGCAUUUUUUGAUCAUAUAAAUCUUUUAUAUGGAACAAUAUCAGAAUUUUGUACAAUGUCUGGAUGCCCAGACAUGACUGGUCCAGGUUACAGGACCUAUCUUUGGUUUGAUGAUAAGGGUAAGAAAGCGCGAGUUGCCGCGCCACAGUAUAUAGAUUAUGUGAUGACAUUUACCCAGAAGACUAUCAGUGAUGAGACAAUAUUUCCUACAAAAUAUGGAAAUGAAUUUCCCAGUUCAUUUGAAUCUAUUGUUCGAAAAAUCCUGAGGUUAUUGUUCCAUGUUUUGGCACAUCUAUAUCACUGUCACUUCAAGGAAGUGGUUCUACUAAAUUUACAUGCACACCUGAACUGUGUAUUUGCCCAUCUGACAUUAUUGAAUGAACGCUUUCAACUUAUAGAAGUGAAGGAGACAGAAAUUCUGCAAGACCUAGUGCUUGCAUUAAAAGUUCACUCGGACGCUCCAGAAACGAGCACCAAUGGUGAAGAUGGUAUCCGUGGUAAUUCGGACAGUAAACAAAGUAGUGGUGAUGCCACAAGUCAGUCACUUUCUGCUGGUGAAACAACACCAAUGACAGCAAAUAAUAUAGGGACUGAAAAUGAGCAGGAUACUGAAUCAGGAACAGGGAUACCAAGCAGUUCAAAGUCGGAUCUGUUGACUUCUGUGUCGGAGAAAGAGGCUAAGAAAGAAGAGUCUUCAAAAAACCAUGAUGGUGUACAGGACGUGUCUCACUAGCUGAAAUGAGAAGUGUGUUGUUAAAGUUUGGUGUUUCCAACAAGGUGAGGAGUAAGCAUUUACUGUGUAGAUUGAGUUAACUAGACAUAGAUUAUAGCCAAAUGAGCCAGAAGAAAUAGAGCAGUUAUGCAAGAUGGAAGGAAGCCUUUAAAACCGUCCCAUGGAUCAUUUGCUAGGAAUUUAAUGUGACAGGCUUUCUCCAACCCUGUGAGAAAUAUUGUGAUUUGUUGUUUGAAUACACUUUUUUUAUUCCAGUUGAUAAAAGAAUGUUUGUGAAUAUUUUUGUCCUGUUAAUUGCAGUGAGGUACCAUAUAGGUUGUGACUGCUAGUUAUUUAAAAGCAUUUUGUUAGUAUUAUUUUCAGGUGUGUGUUCAUGAAGUGCAAUUUUGGGUUGUCUAUUUUACCAUUGUAAUAUAAUGUAACAACAGAUUUUGUAAGUUGUGCAUUUUGCCAUUAUUAUGCACCUACUAUGUUAAUUGUAAAUACAAAUUUAUUGGUUUGUCAUAAUUUUCAUAUAAAUUCCACUCUUUUCUUCAGAAAAGAAAUUAUGCAGACUGCUGAAAUGGCUCUCCCUGUCGACAUGAUAAGGGUUUAGAAUGAUGUGUUUCGUAUGUAAUUGUGCAAUUUUAAUCAUCAAAAUAUUGUUAAACAUAUUUUGUUAAUGGCGCAGUUUUAUCCUUGCUUAUGUGUUAUACCAAAGCUAUGGAAGUUAAAAAUGAAAAAAGAAAAAAAAAAUCUGAAUAUUUUUGUAUGUUGCUAAGUGUUGUUAAAAUGUCAGCAAACCUACCAUCUUGCAAUUAUGUGACAAGUAGGUCUUAAAAUUAAAAUAUCACAUACUUGCUAUUGAAAUCCACUCCUUUAAGAACAAAACAUUGUUAUAGACUAGUUUGUAAAACAAGCAAUUAAAUAUAUAAAUAUAUAUUAUGUGUGUAUAUAUCACUCACAAUAAUGUUGUACACUGUUACACAAGUAUUUAUAUUAUACAGAAAUGCUUACUUAUUGCCUUGUUAAUGUUACUAUAAUUGUUAUAUAAUAUAAGAAUAUGAAGAGAGAAAGUAACUUAUAUAGAAGAAUAUGUUAUCUACAGUUUCCUUAAAAUAAUGUCUGGCCCUUGUUUACAUGAAAGUAUGCAUGCAUUGAAUAUUGAAAGUUAGUGGAGGAAAGAUUUUAAUUGUGCCAUUGGUAAGCCAGAACACAAAAAGAAACUAUAAGCAUUAUUUUAUUAAAUUUCCCUCUGACCUCUUUGGGGUUCCUAGUUGUGUCAUACUUAAAUCACUAGUUUCCCGUGAUUUAAUUGGAUAUAUUUCAUUAUUAAAUAAACUGUGAAUUUGAUGUCUGUGUUUAUUUUAAGGGGCCUUCUUUUGGAAGUUUUCACUUGCCAGCUAUUACUUUCCACAUAGCAAACAUUCACUAAAGUUUUUUUGAUAUGUUUUAACAUUUCCCUCUGCUUCUGAAGUUUGAGUGUAUCUAAAAUUGAUAAUUUUCAUCUUUUUGUAAGACGUAAAAGAUUGAGUUAUCAGUUUGUAGCACGUUUACUGCAUAGUUGGGAAUAUUAUCGAACGAAGAUUGAUAUAUUACUGCUGGAAUUAUAAGCUCUGUUCAUUGAAUUGUAAAAUUGUAGUCUCACUUGCAUUUGCCCUGUAUGCAGUUUAAAGGUGUUUUUUUUUUUUUUUUUUUUUAAGGGAAAGCUAAGAGUAAUGUGUUAAUCCUGUUUAUUGUGCAGCAUACAUGUUGUGUGCUUUGUUUAAGAUCCAUAUAGCAGGAAGAUCCACAUAGUUCUGCUUUUUAUCGCUACAGCACAAGAUCCACAUAUUUAUGUUCUGUUAAACAAAUCUGUGUCAGAACAGUAAUACUGUAGCUGUAUUCCAUACUCUGUAAACUAUCAGUGGGUGUAAGCUAAACUUUAUUGACAAACAUCAUAUAAUUUACAACCUAGUUACGAUGUUGUUUUACAAGACUGGACUAAGUUGCUUCUCUUAUCGUCUUCUUCAGCCAGGUUUGGUUGAUUAAUUCUGAACCCUCAUGGCCUGCUUGUUAUAAUUUGUUGAUGCAGACCUUCUACUUUAAUGGCUAAUGUUCUCUCAUUUCAUGCAUUUACUUGCACUCAUUUCAGUUUGUGAUAAAAACUGUAGUAGCAUAUGUGCAUUAAUUUUUGCACCUAAGUCUCUCGGUGUGUCAUUUCAUGAUCUGAUUGCCGUCUUUUCCUCAUAAAUGUGUGUUUCAAAUGGGAAUGAUGUGCCUCAGGGUAAACAUUGGUGUCGUGAAGCUCUUGCCUUUUUUUCAGAUAUCACUUAAGUAGACUUUGUACUCUAUUCCUGAGAUCAUUUUUGCUUCAUCAGGAUGGUUAGGCUCAAAAGCCAUGUAUGUACUUGCAUUUACACUUAUAGUCUGUCCACAUCCACCAGGUAUGUCAAUUCAGAAUAGAUUUAGUAGUGUUGAUGAAUAGAAGUAUAUGAAACUGAUUUUGACUUUGGGGAAAAAUAUUCUUAAAAACUUCACAGUUCACAUUUUGAUUAUCGCUUUUAGUUGCCAGAGUUACAGUUUGAUUAUUUCUCUUAAUUGCCCCAUUGCAGGAUGGCAUUCAUCCAAGAAAUUGUGUGUCCUUCUUUAAACAAAUUUUAAUAUAAUUUUUUAUAUCUCUGUGUUGUGUACUUUUUGAUUUUUUAAAGAAAUCAUUUUCCAUGGCUCACCAGUCAAAAUAAUUUUAAGUGGACAGUUGGGAGGAGCAACUAUUUCAGUUUUCUUUAGGGAAUACCUGCUUGUAUAAUCACUUAAAGAUAAAGUAACAUGUAUUGGUGGAGAUUAUGUCCAAAUUUUAAACUUGUAAGUUGCAAUUUUAUCUGUAACAUUUUUUAUCACUUCCAUUGUUGGGCAUUAUUUAAUGGAAUCACUUUGAAUAGGUUUCAUUUUAACUGUUAUAAAAGGGAACUAUGGAAUCUGGUGACACUCUCCAUUUGAUGGUUUCAUCACUGCUUUUAUUUUUUGGUUUGUAAUCACCAUGAUAACACAGGUUUUUAUUAUUUUGGCAGUACAUAUUCCUAGAAAUGCAGUUGAAUAGUGUAAUUUGAUUCUACUGCCAAUGUGGUCUGGAUGCUGAAAUUAUAUAUGGGUAGUAUAGAUCUGCAGAAAAAGUAAAGGAAGUCUAUGAGGAGAAUGCAUACGAAAGGGAAUUAGAAGAAGAUUGUGGCAAGAGGCAGAAUUCAAAACACAGAGGACAAACCACAGUUUCUCGGAAGCCAACUGGGAAGCAGCAUAAAAUAAUGGCACCCUCUACAAGAAUUCUGUUUGGCCAGAAUGGAAGAUAUAUCCUGGAUGCUAAAACUUGCGGGAAUGUUGGUCGAUUUAUCAAUCAUUCGUGUAAUGCAAACCUGUUUGCCCAGAAUGUCUUUGUGGACACACAUGAUCUCAGAUUCCCGUGGGUGGCAUUUUUUACUAAUUCAUUUGUGCCAGCCAAUACAGAGCUAACAUGGAACUAUGGCUAUGAUGUGGACAGUGUUCCAGAGAGAGUAAUCAUUUGUAAAUGUGGUGAGACAAAUUGUCAGGGCAGGUUGCUAUAAAGAACUGCAGUAUUAUGCUGUGAAGAUAACCGGUCACAUGGAGCUCGCUCUCUUUAAAAAUAUAUGUAUAUGUAUAUAUAUUUUGAGAGAUGUGUUCGUAAGUGAAUUCUGUGAUUAUUUAUUAUUUCACCAAAUUUAAAUGUAAAAUGAACAAAUAUUUAUGUGUAACUGUUUCAGUAUCAUUUGAUUAAUUAGUUUAUUCAUGUAACAGAAACAGCUGUGUCCAUACUGAUGUCAAGAUACCUAUUAUAAUUUUGGGUAGCAUAGUACUUACUUGUGUCUGAUGUUUGUAAAUGCAGCAGAACAUUGUGGUUAUCACAUUUUACUAGCAAAGGCAACAAAUUUCAACUUUCGUAGUUCCUAGACUGUUUGUUCAGAAUAUCGGGUCCUUGUUCUUUGAUUUUGCAUGACUCCUGUAUUGUCAGACUUCAUAUUACCCUUGUCUUCUACCUGCUUGCUUCUCCUUAUUAAUUUUGGUCUGUUCUAUAUCUUCCAGUAGUAAAUAUUGAUGAUUAGGUUAUAUUAAUCAUCAUUGUUGGAAUUGAGAACAACUGCUUACUAGGGUCAAUUGUAAAAAUGUAGCUUCAAAAUUCACCUUAUCUGAGAAAACAUUAGUGUUAGAUUGCAGUUAACGGUGUGUAACUGCAGUUGAAUCACUAUAUAAUUUAAAAAUUUUACUGCAAGGAUUUUGCCAAAAUAAGUAAUCAGGGUGAUUACAGUAGUGUUUCAUUGAAAAGUAAUUUACAUUAUUCAAGAGAUAGCGUUACCUCCUCAUGGAAAAAAAUAAUCUUUUGAUCCUCAUGGGGAAAAAAUAAUCUUUUGGUAAAUGCUUCUGGACAAUUAACCAAAUGUUGAGUUUCAUUUCAUUUUUAAUGUUGUUUUUACAUUAGAUGAGAUGUGAGAACAGUGUGGCAGUAGCAGAAGAUGACAAAAUAUUUAUAAAUGAUUUGCUUGUAGUUAGUAAUAUAAUUGAAGUUUGUUGACACAAUUCUGCACAUUUGGAACUGAGUUACUGUUAAGAAACAGUAGUAAUGAUAGUUUUUCUGAAAGAUCUUUCCUUCACUGAACAAGUCGCAAAUGCAGAAAAUACUUUCAUGUUGCAGCCAGUUCACUUCCUGUCUAGGCCUUCCCUGUUCCAGCAUGGCAAAUUGUACCUGUUAGACAGACUGAGCACAUUAUAAGUAUUUGUGAUUUCUUAAGUUGUUUGUGGUUUUUUGUUCCUUUCAUUUCUGAUGGAAAGAAGAGUAGAUCUUUGCAAACCAUGUCACAUUUGAAAGGUGUAAAAGUUCAUUACUCAAGAUGUGUUAAAGUUAGGGGUUUUUAUUGAUUUUUAAGUGGAUUAGUUCUACCUCCUAAAAUGUAUUCUCAUACCAUCAUUUCAGUUUGUGAUAAAUAUUGAGGGGAGGGGGUGGAAACAGUAUUUAAUGAUUUUCAUUUUCUUUUCAGAAAAUCAUCUUAUAUCACUUAUCCUACAGAACACAGCUUUUGUUAAUCGAAAGAAUUAAAUAAUUUAUUUUUGUAUAAUGUAAAAUGGUGAGUCACAGACUGGCCACUUAUUAUACAUGGCAAAUGUAAGUGCAUUACCUCAACAGCGGGUAAAUGUUUAUGCAGAUCUGUACUGUAAGAAUGCAUUGAUUGUUCUGCUUUGCCAUGUUUUCCCUAAUCUUAAAUGAAUAUAUUUUAAGUGAAUCUUAGUAAGUAUGUAGCAGGCUGUGGAACUAAGUUACAUUUUUUUAGUUUUGUUUGUAUUUCACUGUGUAGUGUUGUUAAUUGAUGUAUGAUAUGUUGAUUUGAGUACUUUAUGUUUAAAAAAAGAUGAGUCAAAAAAUGACAAUUGUGGUUUAUUUCUUAAUUUUCUUCCUGUGUAGGAAUUGUGUGUUUACUCUUUUAUUUCUGCAAAUUAACAUAUAAGUAUUUGUCUGUACUUCCAUCUGCAUGAUACAGUAAUUUAUUGCUGUAUGAUCAAUUUCAAAUCAUGAAUUUUUACUGACUAGUAGUAAAGUCUGUGUCGUGCCCAGAAGUGCUAAUAGGACUAGAUUGGUCUGUUUGCACUAAAAGUGCCCAUUUGAGUACAGAGAAACCAAAAAUUUUAGAAUGAGAAAUAAGAUGUUAAAUACUUGUAUUUUCUGAUUACUGUUGGGCAUGAAGUGCUUACAGUGCAUAAUAUUGUAACUGUAAAAGGCUUGUAGUGAAUUACCUCCAUUUAAUGUUGAUGCUAGAUCAGAAGCAGCAACUUUUUGUAGGUUUUUUCACUCUACAAAAUUCAAUGCAGCUUUCAAGAGGUAUUUUUUUAUGUGUAUAUAUAUAUAACUACAUCAGUUUCCACAGUUUUCUCAAUUGCUGAAGUAAUUAAGUAACGAAAGCUCUGUUAAAUACUGCCUAGUUUUACUUCAGCAGUGAACAUUCUGAAAUAUAAAAAUGAUUGUCAUAAAUCUUUUAGCAAUCUGUUUACAUUUUAUACUGACUUUUUCUUUUUAUUUUGUACUACACAAAAUUCAGCACCAUAAAAUUAAUAUCUUGUUAGUACUUCACUGAUCAUUGUGAUAGUACUUUUGGUGAAACUUCAUUCAUUUCUCCCUUGUUGUUAUAGUGUUCUAGUGCAGUUGAUGUCCUACCAUUUCUAUGAAAUGUUAUAUGUGUAUAUUCUUUCCUCCAGUUUCUCUGUACAGUGUACUAUGCUUUGCAUGUUAAGUUUCAGUCUUUUGUUAUGUAUCUACUGUAAUUAUUAGUUAUACUUCCUGUAAUAAAAUGUUGCUUUCACAGAU